CCGCGCUCGCGAGCGAAACACGCGCACGCGGAGCUGAGAACCACUCCAAUGGCGGCGAUCACCGCGCCGCCGCAUCCUCCCCUCGCCGUAUUCUCCGCCGUGCCCUGCCGCGGACUGCGCUUCCGCCGCGCUCCACUCAUCCGCGUGGCGGCCUCCUCCUCCUCCUCAUCGUCGUCAGCUUCCUUCUCCUCCUCCUACGGGACUGGAGGGAGCAGCGGGGCCGGGGGAGGGGGCGAGAUCCACUACGUCUCGCCGCCUCCGCCGCCCACCACGCCCCCCGGGGCGCCCGUGUACGUCACGCUCCCGGCCGACGCCGUGGGGCCCGGGGGCCGCGUGGCGCGGAGGCGCGCCAUGGCGGCCUCGCUCGCCGCGCUAGCCAGCGCCGGGGUGACGGGGGUGGCGGUGGAGCUGUGGUGGGGCCUCGUGGAGCGCGGGUGCCCCGGGGAGUACGACUGGGCGGGGUACCUCGACCUCGCCGCCAUGGCGCGGCGCUACGGGCUCCGCGUGCGCGCCAUUCUCGCCUUCCACCAAUGCGGCGCCGGCCCGCAGGACCCGUUCUGGGUCCCUCUCCCACAAUGGGUGCUUGAGGAGAUGGAGAAGAUGCCAGACUUGUCAUAUACUGAUAGGUACCAACGGAGAAAUAAAGAAUACAUCUCAUUGGGAUGUGAUAUUCUUCCCCUUCUGAAGGGAAGAUCACCUAUGCAAGCUUAUUCAGACUUCAUGAGGAGCUUUCGUGACGCUUUCAAGGACUAUCUUGGGGGCAUAGUGACAGAAGUUCAAGUUGGCAUGGGCCCAGGAGGUGAGCUUAGGUAUCCAUCAUGCCCAACUGAGAAGCUAAACCAGCCAGGAAGCUCAUCUGAACUUGGGGAAUUUCAAUGUUAUGACAAGUUCAUGCAAGCAUCAUUGAACGCUCGUGCACGGAUUCUUGGGAUUCAAGAGUGGGGAGAUGGUGGACCAGCUGGCAUAGAUGACACGCGGCAGAACCCUGAAGAGACUAAUUUUUUCCGCGCCGAUGGAGGAUGCUGGAAUACACCUUAUGGUCGAUUUUUCCUUGAGUGGUAUUCAGGAAUGCUUCUUCUUCACGGAGAGAGGUUAUGUGCGGUAGCUGAUGCUAUCUUUUCUGGCACCGGUGUGGCCAUCUCAGGGAAGGUUUCUGGCAUACAUUGGCACUACUAUACAUGUUCACACCCAUCUGAGCUGACAGCUGGUUACUACAACACACUAUUAAGAGAUGGGUAUCUUCCUAUUGCUCAAAUGUUCUCUCGACACAAAACUGCCUUGUGCUGCAGUUGCUUCGACCUAAGGGAUGCAGAAAGAAGCAAUUCUCAGAGCAGUCCUGAAGGCACUCUCCGGCAACUUAUGGCUGCCGCUAAAAUAUGUAAUCUGCCUCUCAACGGUGAAAAUUCUGUGACGAGGCUGGAUGAUACAUCGCUGAGCCAAGUCAUACGAAGCUCGAGGCUCUACUCUGGUGGGACUUCAGGAACAUCUUUCUCUUUCAAUUAUGUUAGGAUGAACAAAAGCUUGUUCGAGUUCCACAAUUGGAAUCGGUUUACCAAGUUUGUUAGGAAGAUGUCAGACGCCAGAACCUUUCUAGCUAGACUAAACUUCAGGAGAAGACAGCAACGCCCGCCUUCGAUGUCAGUCGUUUGGGUUGUUAGCCGGGCCUGUGCAUAUACAUGAUUUUUUUUUUUGUUAAACGUGUACCUGUAAUCCUAGUUAUAAAUGAUUCGAAAAAGAUUUGAAACAAAGUUCUCUUUAGUGGAUGGCUCCUUUUGUGCCUCUAUCAGGAAGAUGAAGUUGUGUGGUCUCGUGCUUA